AACUAUACUGAGGUACACUCCUAAUAUAAAAUGCAGUAUCUCUAAACUAGUGUUGCAACCUGUUUGUUAUAGCAUUCAUCUAACUCUCUGACCAAGCGGCAAAUCCUGAUUAAGCCACUCUAUUUCCACAAGCUGUUUAGAAGUUUUUGACUUCUAUAUAUUAAUCUGGAUUAACGGCUGUUGGCUUUAUGUGUAGGGCUGAAGAGCUUUGGACAGUAUGGUGAGGUGGUUCCAUCCGAAUAUAACAGGGAUUGAAGCAGAACAGGUCUUAUUAUGUCGAGGAGUUCAUGGGAGUUUCCUAGCUCGGCCCAGCAAAAGCAACCCGGGUGACUUCACUUUAUCAAUUAGGCGAAAUGUUGAAGUAACGCACAUAAAGAUUCAGAACUCAGGUGACUAUUAUGAUCUUUAUGGAGGAGAAAAGUUUGCAACGUUGGCAGAGUUGGUUCAACAUUACACAGAGCAAGAAGGUCUUCUACGAGAGAAAAAUGGAGAUGUGAUUGAACUGAAGUACCCCCUGAACUGCCGAGAUCCAACAUCUGAGAGGUGGUAUCAUGGACAUCUGUCAGGUAAAGAUGCUGAAAAACUUCUGACUGAUAAAGGAAAACCUGGAAGUUUCCUGGUGCGAGAAAGUCUCAGUAAACCAGGGGAUUUUGUCCUUUCAGUGCUAACCAAUGAAGAAAAAGUUGAAAAUGGAGAUCGCAAACCAAGAGUGACACAUGUGAUGAUUGGGUAUCAGGCUGGAAAAUAUGAUGUUGGUGGAGGUGAAAGAUUUGACACCCUUACUGAUCUGGUGGAACACUACAAAAAAAACCCAAUGGUGGAAGUUUCUGGUAUUGUCGUUCACCUUAAACAGCCAUUUAAUGCCACAAGGAUAAAUGCUGCGAACAUAGAGAAUCGGGUGAAAGAGCUCAAUAAAACAGCAGAUAACACAGAAAAGGCCAAACAAGGUUUCUGGGAAGAGUUUGAGCUCCUUCAGCAACAGGAACAUAAACUAUUGUAUAGCAGGAAGGAAGGCCAGAGAAUAGAGAACAAAAACAAAAACAGAUACAAAAAUAUUCUACCAUUUGAUAAUACCAGAGUUAGCCUGAAGGAAGUCGAUGAAAGUGUAGUGGGAGCUGAUUAUAUCAAUGCUAAUGAUAUCACAAAUGGAAAAAGUGGAGAUGACUGUAAAAACUACAUUGCAACGCAAGGCUGCCUUCAGAAUACCAUCAAUGAUUUUUGGAAGAUAAUUUAUCAGGAAAAUGCCCAUGUCAUUGUCAUGACAACCAAAGAAAUAGAAAGAGGAAAGAAUAAAUGCGUUCGCUACUGGCCAGAUUUGGAAACUUCAAAGGAGUAUGGCUUGAUUUCAGUGCGGAAUCUGGAAGAACGCAUGGCACAAGAUUACAUUGUACGUGACCUGGAGGUCACACGAAUAGACCAGAAUGACCUUCCUCGGCACAUAUGGCACUAUCAGUAUCUCAGCUGGCCUGACCAUGGGGUUCCCAAUGAACCAGGAGGAGUGUUGAGUUUCCUGGACCAAGUAAACCGAGCGCAGCAGAGUAUUCCAGACAUGGGACCUAUUAUAGUGCACUGCAGUGCUGGCAUUGGGAGAACAGGAACCAUAAUUGUCAUAGAUAUGUUAAUAUCUGACAUCAGUAGACAAGGUUUGGACUGUGAUAUAGACAUCCCAAAAACUAUCCAAAUAGUACGGAAACAAAGAUCAGGAAUGGUACAAACUGAGGCUCAGUAUAAGUUCAUAUACAUGGCUGUACAACAAUAUAUUGAAACUGUUCAGAGAAGACUACAGGAAGAACAGAAAAACAAAACUAAGGACCGAGAGUAUUCUAAUAUCCGAUAUCUUCCUACGGAGGUGAAGACCAAAAGACAAGCAGGCACAUCUCGUGAUUUUUCAUUGUCAAAAGAAGAAUCAUCCUGUCUUUAUGAAAAUUUAAACAUCAAAACUUCUAAAGCAUCAGGAGGCAGCAAUGCAAAAAGAUAAAAGCACCAAGUGAACUGGCUGCUAUUUCCUCUGUUUACAUAAAGCUUCGGCCUGCACCUGCAUUGACGAUUGUUCAACCACAGCUAUCUCUGGAUCCCUGUGCUCUGCACUUCUGUGAACCAAAUGCCUGAAGAAAACUGCCUUCCAAAAACUGUUUAAUUUAUUAAGUAGGGAAGAUAUUUUUUUAAAUUAUACUGUUAUUUGUCAGCUUGUAUUUAGAAAUGUACUUCUAAGUGCCUCUCCUUGGAAUUGAUAAAUGGAUGAGUUUAAUUUUCCUAUGUUAAAAUUUAAUGAUUAAUCUAUGCAUUGCUUUCGGGGAGAAAAAGAUAAAUGUUUGACAAACUAUAAGCUCUUUUUUUCAUGUUAUGUUCUCCCUGGUUUUUUUUUGUAUAAAAAAAAAGAUAAAUUAUUAACAUUGUAUUUUGCAAAUGUAUUUUAAUAUAAAUGUUGCAAACAGCUGCAGUGCUGCUUAAGAUGUUCUGGUGGUACCUGCCCAUAUAGCAACAAUCCUGGCAGUAAUACAUUUAUAUACUCGACAACAGUGCCUCAAGCAGGAAUUAAGUGGUAGUGCAACUUUGACAUGCAGUAGAAAAAACAUUGAAACCAUCAGCCUGGAAACGGAAGGGCAUUUGUUGUGGGCCAACAUAUUGCUUGCAGCAGGAUAUACCGUGCGCAAUGAAAUGCCUUUCCUUCACGGCAAGGAAAAUUGGUGAAUCCAAUGCUGGGGCAGGGGCUGGUAUGUUGCAGGAGCAAGUCCGAAGGAUGCGGGGAGG